GCAUAGUUUACAUCCGUCUGUUCCAUUAAAAAGAAAUAUUGGAGAAGAAGUUAUAAAUACCAAUUUGCAAUGCAUAGGCCUCGUGGAAGAGGACAAAUGAGUCAUAUGGGUAGAGGAGGUAGAGGACCACACAAUUUCAAUGAUAGAGGAAGACCAGAACGAGGAGGACCACACAGAGGAGGUUUUGGUAGAGACAAUUAUCGUCGAGAUUACAGAGAUGAUCGAGAUCGUAACCGGUUCAAGAACGAUGAGCCGAGGAAACCUGGCCCUGGAAAGAGAUCUUACGAUGAUAAAUCUAACGAAAAAAACUCGGAACCUCAAAUAAAACAAGAAAAGAGAGAAGCUGAAAAGAUCAAGGAUGAUAACGACGUGAAGUCAGAAUUAAUGCAAUCAGAUGGCAUUUCUAACGAAAAUAAUCAUAGAUCAAAAGAAAAAAGCGAUCGAGAUUCAGUGGCUAGUCAACGUUCUGAAUCAAAUUCUCAUUCAUCUAAUGGGCCUAAUACAAAACCUCUCGGUAAAUGUCGACUAUUUAUAGGAAAUCUUGCAAAGGAAGCAGACGAGAAAACCAUGACAGACGUUUUCAAGAAAUUCGGUGAUAUUACUGAACUGUUUGUUAAUUCUGCUAAGAGUUUUGCUUUUGUAAGCUUCUCUUCCCCGGAAGUGGCAGCUAAAGCAAAAUCUGCAAUGGAUUAUGCUCAAAUAUGUGGCAGGAGCGUUCGCGUGAGAUUUGCGUCCGUACAAAAAGCUCUGAAAGUUAAGCAUCUUUCGCCUUACGUUUCAAAUGAAAUUCUUCACGAAGCAUUUAGUCAGUUUGGUAAGGUGGACCGAGCUGUUGUUAUUGUAGAUGACAAAGGUAAACCAAUUGGAGAAGGUAUCGUUGAGUAUAAUCGCAAGAACGCAGCUCAGAAAGCUCUUCAGUCUAUAAAUAGUCGCGUUUUCUUUCUCACAUCUGAAUUGCGCCCCAUUGUUGUUGAAAUGUUAGAUUUAAAUGAUGAUGAAGAUGGACAAAGCGAAAACUCCAUUGUGAAGUCAAAUCAAUAUUACGCUGCUAGAGAACAAGGCCCAAGGUUCGCUGAACCAGGAACGUUUGAUUAUGAUAUUGGUUUAAAAUGGAAAUCUUUAUAUCAACAAGAUAUGGAAAGAAAAGAGCAAAUUAGACAGCGUUUUGAAGAAGAUAUGAAACAGAUUGAACAGGAAAUGGAUCUAGUAUACAAAGAACAUCAAGCAAGAAUAAUGAGAGAAGAGAUUCAGAGGAGAGAACAAGAGCUUCGAAAACUAGAGGAAGGGAUCCAUCGUAACACGGGGUAUCGAAUCCCUCCAAUGGGUAUGAAUGUUGGAAUGAAUAUGGAUGAUCAGGAUGAUCGUAUGCCACCACCACAAGCUAUGAUGAGAGAUCGACAAAGAGCUAUGCAACCACCACCUAUUCCACCAAAUUUUGAUGGAGGUUUCAGUGGUCCAGGGGCUCACCAUGAGAAUAUUUCAAACAUCGCUAGGGGCAUUAAUUUGCCUGGGAAUGUUUUGGCUAAUGUCCAACGUACUUUAGCUGGUCUCAGACAAGAGAGACAUUAAUUACAAUAUUCCUCAUCCGACUUUGUUAUGUUAAUGAUAUAUUUUUUUCAAAAACGAACAAACAAACAAAAACAAACAAACAAGAAAUAGAAGAAUUUUUAGUUUCAUAUUUAAAAUUUUGUACAGAUAUCAUUCGUUCCACAAAAAAAAAACUCUUAGUAUGUGAAGUAUCUACUAUCAUUUUUUUAUUCGAAAGAAGAAACGCAAUUAGCAGGUCACGAAAGAGACUUUACUUGUGUAGAGUUAACGUUUGAAAAUAUAAAAAAAUAAUCCUAUACACUUCUUUAUCUGGGAGAAAAGAAAAAAACAAACUUUGUCGGAUGUUUUGUGACAAAAAAAACUCCAACAUCUCACUUGUAUAUUCUUUUAUUCUAUUAUAGUUAAACAAUUCGUGGUCAUUUGUUUGUAGUUUUUUUUUUCUAAUCCAAUAUUUGGUCUAGUGAACGUUAUUUAUAAAGUAUCCAGUUAUCAGUAAUUUUUCUCCAAUGAUGUGUAUUACAUUUAUAUUUAUAUAUAGUUUUAGUUUUUUACUAGAAAUGGAAAAAGGUUCAUAUUAUUCUAAUUGUCUAUUUAAAAAAAAGCAUUCUAUUGCUAUGAGAAAAACUCGUUCUCGUUAUUUCCAGUAACAGUAUUUUGUUCAUUUCGACCAUGAUUAUAAAAAAUACCAAAGAAAAUAUAAGAUGAUGAAAGUUUCUACGUCUUUACACUAUAAAUCAAAGUUUCGUCACUACGAACCAUAAUUUUACAAUAUAUCAUGAAAAGGAUCUUCAACAAUGAAUAUGCAUAUUAAAAGAGGACUAUUUAAUCAAUAUUCUCAUAAGAAUUAAAACGUUCUCUCGUAAUUAUCAACUAUAUAGAUAGAUAAAACUUUUGGACUUUUAAAAGAUUGAAGAAGUAUUGUCGAUAUAGAAUUAUGAAUGAUUAUUGGAAUAAAAAGAUAUAAACAUAAAAGGUAUUAGUAUCGAUGUUUGUAAGAAGUUUUUGUAUAUUUCUUUUACUAAUAUUAUAAUAACAAUUCAUUUUUCUUAUAUGAUUUUUUGUAAUUAAAAACGAUUAGUUCCUUAUCUAUUUUUAUUGUAUUAAAAUAAAACAACUUCCUUAUCCUUCGGAUUUAAUAAAACUCGUAAAUUUACCCUCAAGUCAUGAAUGAAACAUUGUCAUUUAACUAUAUAUAUAUAUAAUAUAAUAUAAUGAAUAAUAUAUAAAUAUAUAUAUUUAUUAUCUUCAGUUUUUAACAAUUUGCCUUUUAAGUUGCUAAAUAGUGAAUAGGAGUAUCAGAAAGAUGGAAAAGUUAAUAUAAAAGGAGAGUUUUGUACGAGAAGACUAUUAUCAACUGCAAAGACUACAAUAAAUGAAGAAAAUAUAACAAUAUACUCCAUUGUAGGUCUAAUAAAAUCUGUAAAAAGAAAACAUAAAACUUAAUAAUAUUGUAAAAGUACAUUUUUUUCUAUACUAAUAAUAAUUUCAGCGUUUUAGAAAAUGGAUCAAUGGAAGGAAAAUGUUAACUAUUUACUGUCGCGUUAUUUCUAAUAUACUCUCAAUAUUUUCCGUAAAUAAGGAACAGGAAAAUCUACUAUUUAACUGAAAUUUCUUCCCGGAAGGAUAGAAAAAAAAUCAUUCUUGUAAUUAAUUCUAACAAAUUAAUUUUCAUUUGUUUGUCUAUAAAAUCGCUGAUAAACGAAUCUUUGUCAGCGGAAAAUAAGUCUAUCUAACUAUUUUUAAAUAUUUAUAUCCACUAUCUAUCAGUCAACAAUGAAAGCAAACAUUCUCUCAUUAAGAAAUUACUUCUAAAGAUUGAAGAUAUAAAGAUUCUGUAGUUUGAUCGUAAAACACGUCUAGUAGAUCAUAUCCUUUUUUAAUAUUUAAAAAAGGAUGAUCUUGUAAGGCAAAUAAUCGGUGAAAAAAGAGAAACAAUGGAUACUUUGACGAAUUGUUUGUUAUGAUUUUUAUCAGGUGAGCAAGAAAUUUAUGUUACGUACGAAUAUUAUAAAUAGUAGCUAUCGGGACCUAAACAUCUUGUUGCGCACAACACUAAAUCAGUAUAUAAGAAUGUAUAUAGCUGUAUACUGUAAUAUAUACAUAUACACCAUUCUACACUCAAGAAUUUCUAGUUUGGUUUGUUUCUAUACCCUUUUAGAAGCCAACUAAUUAAUUAAAUCUUACGGAAAAUUUCUUUUCAUUAUUAAUAAGUAUCAGUAAUUAGAUAAUUAAUUGUGUCGUUGAUAUUAAUAAUAAUAAUAAUAAUCGGCUCCUAUGUUAUU